AUGUGGUUACUAUAUUUUUUAUUGUACAGUGCCCUUACUUGCGAAUCGUGUCGAUCAUUCUUUAGACGGACAGCCCCUAAAGCACAGGAUCUCAAGUGUUAUUUCGGCGACAAAUGCGAGAUAACAUGUGUUACGAGAAAAUUCUGCAAAAAGUGCAGAAUUCAGAAGUGUUUCGACGUCGGCAUGAAAAUCGAGUGGAUUCUCUCGGGAGAGGAACGACAGCUCAGGAAAGAGCGUAAGAAACGGUCGAAAGGCGAGGAAUCGUCGGCCGACUCGACUUCGGACUCGUCGUCGGACACGAAUGCCGUGAAGAGAGCGACUGUCGAACAGAGUUUAGUGGAGCGAAGGGCUGCCGAAAUGCCGGCCCUCGUCCGGGACCUCAUCUUCGCCUUCAAUGACCUGGAGAUCAGUCGCUUCCGAGAGCUGUUCACGUCUACGGUGUCGAUGAGGGAUCCGGUGGUGACGCCCACCUUCGAGACAACCAAUUUCGUGGAUGCGCUCAAAGUGUUGCAAAAGAGAUGUGACAUAAAGUGUCGACGAAUUGUAAAGAUGUCCACAAAUAUGAGUGAAUUCACGGGUCUGUGCGAAGAGGACAAGAUAGCCCUCUUGAAAGCCGCCUGUCCUGAGAUUAUAUGCUUGAUAUCAAUAAUUAAUUUCAACUUCGAUGGCGAGUACUGGAACGUUGCCAUCGAUGAAGAUCACGCGACCACACUAAGGCUCGACAUAUUUAAAUUGGUUCAGGGUAACCUUUACGAAGCGCAUAGACAGUUCCUGUGGUCUAUGAGUGAACAAUACAAUUCAGACAUUAAUAUUAUUGAUCUGUUAAUCGCUAUAAUACUCUUCAACCCAAACCAACCAAAUCUAGUCCAUAAAGAUAUGGUUAAAGUCCAGCAACAGAUGUAUAUGUAUUUACUUCGACGAUAUCUUGAGCUGAAACACAGCUCGAAGACUGAAUCGGAGAUACGAUUCGUGAAACUCAUGAAUAAUUUGCAGGAAUUAUAUGCUGUGAAUCGCAUUCACGUCGAUAAGUUUCUCGAGUCCGGGCCCAAAGAGGCCGGACCUCUGGUCGAAGAGAUUUACGACAUUAACAAUUGA